AUGGCUUCACCGCCGAAACCUUGGGAAAGAGGUGGCGCUGCAGUUAGCACUGCACUUCCAAGCCCUGCCAUGACCUCAACUACUGCUGCUACCUCGGGUAGUUCUGCUGGUCCAUCAGUUUUAUCAUCUACAUCUGCCAGUACCUCGGGUGCCCCAGCCAUACCCGAACGACCUUCUACUCUUACGAACACCGUUAAUCAAAACGCAUCCGCAUACUCACCAUACGGCGCAAAUAGAAUGGGAGCUGUAGGGGCUUCGCCAUAUGGUAUGGGAGGUAUGGGAUCUUACUCAUCACCCUAUUCAAGAAUGGGAGGUAUGGGAGGUUAUGGUUAUGGUGGUAUGGGAGGGUAUGGAUCUAUGUAUGGCGGAGGCAUGGGCGGGAUGUAUGGAAAUAUGGGAGGGAUGGGACCAAAUGAUCCCAAUAGCUUGACGCAAGGCUUCACCCAGAGCACACAAGCUACUUUCCAAAUAAUUGAAAGUGUAGUUGGUGCAUUUGGAGGAUUUGCUCAGAUGCUUGAGAGCACAUACAUGGCUACACACUCUAGCUUUUUCGCGAUGGUAUCUGUUGCUGAGCAGUUCGGAAACUUGCGCAAUAAUUUAGGAUCCAUCCUAGGAAUAUUUACCAUGAUGCGAUGGAUACGCACUCUCUUUGCAAAGAUCACAGGUCGACCCAUGCCUGUAGAUGCCACCUCCUUAACACCUUCCGCAUUCGCCUCUUUUGAAGGCCGCAAAAUACUGCCAGACGGUAGUUCUCCACCUCGUCCAUCCAAAAAGCCCUUCCUUUUUUUCAUAGCAGCUGCAUUUGGUCUUCCAUACCUCAUGGGUAAGAUGAUCAAAGCUCUCGCCGCCUCUCAAGAAGAGGAGCAAAAACGACUACUUGCGUCAGGUCAACUAAUGGGCCCUGAUGGUCAGCCUGUCCCUGCACCACUCGACCCUUCGAAACUCGAUUUCUGUCGCGUCUUAUAUGAUUUUACCCCUGAAUCCGGUGCAGCAGUUCAAGGUGUAGAUCUGGAAGUCAAGAAAGGAGAUUUAGUGGCAGUUAUUAGCAAGAGUGAUCCCAUGGGUAAUCCAUCAGAAUGGUGGCGAUGUCGUGCUCGCGAUGGUCGCAUGGGAUACCUUCCUGGUGUAUACCUGGAAGUAGCAAGGCGACCCGGUCAACCUAUCGCCGAAAUCAAGAGUGCAAGUCAAAGUGGGAGUCGAACUAGUACUAUGACUAGUUCAAGUAUCGGCAAUGCUAAUCAAGUCAAGGUACUGGCGGCUCCUCCUGCAGUGGCGGGAAAGGCAGGGGAUAUUGGAGUGGAAAGUUUCCAAAAGAGCCAGUUCUAUUCGUAG